CCUGGUAAGUGUAGGCAGUGCAUUCUUUAAAUAUCAGGACCUACGGACUGACUAGAAAUAACAAUACAGGCAUUUUCUGAUUGAAUGGCAAACCUUGGCCUGGAAAAGGAAACUAAAAUGGCAUGGAAUAUUUAUAUCUGAGCUGAUUUUUAAUGGGGGCAGGAUUCAGAGUUUCCUGGACCUUUUCAAGAGAGGUUCACAGAUUGAAGAUUGAGCAGUGAGAGAAAACAAGUUUUCCUAAUCCACAGGAACAAAGUAACAAGUCUGGGAAUGCCUCUUCUAAAAAACUGAAAUGCACAGAGAUAGCAACAUUUCCAUGGUUACAGCGAGGCCUUGCAAUCCUUUAUAUUUUUAAUACAUGCAUGUUUCUAUAAGGUUAAAAAGGAAAGGACAGUUGGAUUGUAAAUCAAUAUUCUCUGCUUAAUAAGUGAUGUGAUGCGAGUACUCUGAAGUGCACACAGACAGAACACACUAACAGAGCAUGCCUCUGAGUCCGGCAGCCGGCAAACAUGAGCCAUCCGAUCAGCAGCAUCAGGAGGAGGUGCAGCAGUGUGCUACCAACGGCAACCAAGGGGACUCGGACAGCUCAAGAGAAGACACCAUCUACGACACGAUCCGGGCCACCUCCGAGAAAUCCCCCACCAGCCCCAUGGAGGAACCCCAGGGCAAUGCCAUCGUCAUCCGCAUAGGGAUCCCGGACCUGCAGCAAACCAAAUGUUUGAAGUUCAAUGCAGAAGCCCCAGUCUGGUCCUCUAAGCAGCGGAUAUUAUGUACUCUGAAUCAGAGUCUGAAAGAUGUGCUGAAUUAUGGACUCUUCCAGCCAGCAUACAAUGGAAAAGCAGGAAAAUUUUUGGAUGAAGAACGACUUUUAAAGGAAUACCCACUGCCCUCCAUCACCCCUGUUCCUUACCUUGAGUUCCGUUACAAGAGAAGAGUUUAUACUCAGAGCCACCUGGAUGACAAGCAGCUGGCCAAGCUUCAUACAAAGGCUAACCUGAAGAAGUUUAUGGAACAUGUCCAGCAAAAGAACAUUGAAAAAGUCUCAAAAUUUUUGGAGAGAGGGCUUGAUCCAAAUUUCCAUGAUCCGGAAACAGGAGAAUGCCCACUGACAAUGGCUGCACAGCUUGAGGGAUGUGCGGAGGUGAUCAAACUGCUGAAAAAUGGUGGGGCACAUUUAGAUUUCAGAACCAGGGAUGGCAUAACAGCUCUUCACAAGGCGGUGCGGACCAAGAACCACACAGCCCUUAUUACGCUGUUAGACCUGGGCGCGUCUCCUGAUUACAAGGACAGCCGGGGUCUCAGUCCACUGUACCACAGUUCCAUGGUAGGAGGAGAUCCCUACUGCUGUGAGCUGCUCCUCCAUGAUCACGCAGUGGUGGGCUGUGUGGAUGAGAAUGGCUGGCAGGAAAUUCACCAGGCCUGUCGCCAUGGGCAUGUUCAGCACUUGGAGCACCUCCUGUUUUAUGGAGCAGAUAUGAGUGCCCAGAAUGCCUCUGGAAACACCGCUCUGCAUGUCUGUGCCCUCUACAACCAGGAUAGCUGUGCAAGGGUUCUUCUGUUUCGUGGUGCGAAUAAAGAAAUAAAAAACUACAACAGUCAAACAGCAUUCCAGGUGGCUAUUAUUGCUGGGAAUUUCGAUCUGGCUGAAAUUAUUAAAAAUCACAAAGAAACUGAUGUUGUGCCUUUCAGGGAAACCCCCACUUACACCAACCGGCGGCGAGUCACAGGAAGCGGCACCCUCUCAUCCCCGCGCACCUUACUGCGCUCCGCCAGCGACAACAACAUCAAUGUGGAGGGCCGGCCCUCGCACUCGCCCGUCCCCUCGCUCAGGAGCUUACCCCCUCAGCUGGCCGGGCAGCAGGCCCCCGAGGUGGCCGACAGCAGCCUGCAGAGCACCGCCAGCUCCCGCAGCUCCCACUCGCGCUCGCCCUCCCUGCAAUGUGUCCAGGAGGAGAAGGAGACAGAGAACCUCACCCUCAGGAGACACAGCCGGGGACGUCUCAGCCCCAGCACGGUUACCCCCGAGCCGAGCCCCCCUCCACAGCCACCAGCCCUUACUGGGCAUCGUGGGCCCAAAAGGAAACUCUACAGUGCAGUUCCUGGGCGUACUUUCAUCGUGGUGAAACCCUACACACCCCAAGGAGAAGGCGAGAUCCAACUGAACCGAGGAGAAAGGGUUAAGGUACUGAGUAUCGGAGAAGGGGGAUUCUGGGAAGGAACAGUGAAAGGGCGUACGGGCUGGUUCCCUGCAGAAUGUGUGGAAGAGGUUCAAAUGAGGCAAUAUGACCCACGGCAAGUCCGUUUUGUACUUAUUCCUGCAUUCCCCACUUCUUACUUGCAUCGGCCGUAUUUCCGUCUCUCUCUCUUUCCAUCCAGCCUUCCCCUAAUCUCUCCUGCUUCUCCGCAGCUUCCUCUGUCUCCCCCUGCUUGUCAGACCCUCGCUCUCACUCACUCCCUCUGCCCCUUAGACUGCAAUGUUGUUCAGCUUUUCUUAGAAAAGGGAGGCUGGAUUGUAAGUGGCUGCUCUUGCUUAUCCACCAAUGCUCUGUUUGUUCACUAUGCCCAAGUGAUUGUCUUGGAUCAUACGGACGGACAUUGGGUGUCUCACAGGAUGGUGCUGAACUCUGACCUGGUGGCCCUGUUCUCUUUUCUCCCCAGUGAUUACAUCAUUGAGGAGAAGGAUGCAAUCCUGCAGAAGAAAGAGAAUGAAGGCUUUGGAUUUGUGUUGCGUGGAGCUAAAGCCGAGACGCCCAUUGAGGAGUUCACCCCCACACCAGCAUUCCCAGCGCUACAGUACCUGGAGUCUGUGGAUGUGGAAGGAGUGGCCUGGAGGGCAGGACUGAGGACAGGAGACUUUCUCAUCGAGGUCAAUGGAGUGAACGUGGUUAAAGUUGGGCACAAGCAGGUGGUGUCCUUGAUCCGACAGGGUGGGAAUCGUCUCCUCAUGAAGGUAGUGUCAGUGAGCCGCAAGCCAGAGUCGGAGGAAGUUGUCCGGAAGAAAGCUCCCCCGCCCCCGAAGAGGGCGCCCAGCACCACCCUCACCCUGCGCUCCAAGUCCAUGACAGCCGAGCUGGAGGAGCUCGCAUCCGCAAGGAGGAGACGAGGGGAAAAACUGGAUGAAAUGCUAGCUGCACAAGAACCAACCCUGAGACCUGAAAUCGCAGAAGCAGACUACAGGGCAGCCACGGUGAAGCAGCGUCCAACAAGCAGGAGAAUCACACCAGCAGAGAUCAGUUCACUGUUUGAGCGUCAGGGAAUGCCUGUACACUCUGGACUUCCUCCAGGGGUGGAGAAAUCCCACAUCCCUUUGCCAAAAGGAAUGCCCAGAACUAAAUCCGUAGGGGCGUCUGAAGAAGACCGAUUGUCAGCUUCUACAGGGGAACCCCGGUUUCCCAGGAGUUCAUCAAUGACAGAUAGCCUUAGAGACAGCCACAGUAUCCCUCCGCCUCCCCAGACUGCCCCUCCUCCUCCCCCAUCUCCCUAUUAUCUGGACACUGGUCCACCUCCAGCCUUCUGUCCCCCACCCCCCCCAGGACGGAUUCAUGAUCAAACACGCUCUAGUUUUAAACCGGGAUCAGAGGCCAAAAUCCAUGGGCUGCCACAGGUAGUGACUACUGCUGAGAUCUAUGAACCUCCCCGACCUUCAGCCGCUCAUGCUGAGCGCCAGAAAAAAGCCCGUUCCAUGAUCAUCUUGCAGGACUCCUCGCACCUUCCUGUGGAGCCCACAGACAUCCCACGACCAGGACCUUCUGCCACGCCUCCUGAGAAAAUUAAGAGGAAAGGGAGGGUUAUUGACAACCCUUAUGCUAAUGUUGGCCAGUUUAGCAUUGGGUUAUAUGCUCCCACCAAACCCCAGCGCAAAAAGAGCCCUUUGGUUAAACAACUGCAGGUAGAGGAUGCUCAAGAAAGAGCGUCCUUGGCCAUGGCUUCUGCUCAUGCCAGGGAGCACUCACCAACAGGGAGACUAUCUCAUAUUAGCAGGGCAGAGUACCAACAUCAGCUUAUCCAGGAGAAAGUUAGAGCCCAAAUCGAAGGAAAAGGCCCUUUUGCUGCUGCUAUUGCCGGAGCUGUGAAAGACAGAGAGAAGCGAUUGGAAGAGAGGAGGAAAUCCACAGUCUUCCUAUCUGUGGGCGCCAUUGAAGGUAGCACUACGGUCCCGGAGCCCCCAUCCCUGACCCAGUCUAGGUCUAUUGAUGAGCGACUACUGGGCAGCAGGGACCAGCUGGGCCAGCUACCUCCCCCAGCCCCUGCUCUCAGGCCUUCACCGGGCGGAACCACUUUCAUCCACCCUCUCACUGGAAAGCCCCUUGACCCAAACUCACCACUGGCACUUGCGCUGGCCGCAAGAGAACGGGCACUGACUUCCCAGGCUCAGUCACCAUCUAGCAGCCCAGAACCUAGGACUAAAAUGGAUAAAACAGGGCCUUUGUUUGUGGACACCCAGACCAAAGAGGCAGAGCGAUCAGAUACAGAGGGUGGGGGAUUGAUAUCUCCCCCUUUCUCCCCAGGAACUAAAGGAGGAUAUGGACCCAGUCUAGGCACAACAACCCCCACUAAGAGCCAAUGGGGGACUCCAUCAACUCUCCGCAGAGAGAUUGAGACAAGGACUGACAAGGCAGAGGAAAGAAAACCAGAAGACAAGAAAAGUAUGAUUAUCAGUAUCUUGGAUACAUCCCAGCAGAAGACGGCUGGCCUGAUCAUGGUUCACGCAACAAGUAAUGGGCAAGCAGUAGGACUGGAUUUGGAGGAACCUUCCAUAGCUUCUAAAGGUGCCCUGCCUGAGCCCUCCAAGCACUCCCCAGAUGAAGCGAAGCUCAUACAACCACCCAGCCCUGCUGCCACGACCGCUCAACCGCCAGCCAGCUCGUCAACUGAAAAAACACUGGCUCAAGGCAGUUCCGAGGAGGAAGUAGAGCCCUACACCGUCACCCUCCCACCUGCCCAGUUGUCCUCCAGCGAUGAAGAGACAAGGGAAGAACUUGCAAAGAUUGGGCUCGUGCCACCGCCGGAUGAGUUUGCCAAUGGUGUCCUGGUGAAGGUCCCAGGGACACCUAUACCGCAGCAGACCAAGCCUAUUGCACCUUCCGCCUCAACCCAAGCAGCAACAGCAGCAGCAGCAGCAGCACUUCCUACUGCUGGUGGAACACCCUCAGGGAAGCCCUCAGACACCCCCUUGGUGCCUGAGUCUGCAGCCGACUCAGGUGUGGAAGAAAUAGACACCCGGAGUUCCAGUGACCACCACCUGGAGACAACAAGUACCAUCUCCACCGUCUCAAGCAUGUCCACCCUGUCGUCGGAAAGCGGCGAGCCCACCGAUACUUACACCUCCUUUGCCGACGGGCAGACUUUUAUACUCGAGAAGCCGCCAGUGCCUCCAAAGCCAAAACUCAAGUCCCAGCUCAGCAAGGGGCCGGUGACCUUCAGGGACCCUCUAUUGAAGCAGUCUUCGGAUAGCGAGCUCCUCUCCCAGCAACAUGCGGCCGCGCUGGCUGCAGCCGCCGGCACUGGCCGACCCCGCUACCUCUUCCAGAGAAGGUCCAAGCUUUGGGGGGAUCCCGUGGAGAUGCGUCCAAUCCCUGGGGCCGAGGACGGCAAGCCCACUGUGAUCAGUGAACUGAGCUCCAGGCUACAGCAGCUGAAUAAGGACACACGGUCCCUCGGGGAAGAGCCAACUGGAGCAACACUGGAUCCUGGAAAAAAGUCCCCUGUGGUGGGUGCAAGACUUUUCAGUAGUUUAGGAGAGCUCCACACCAUUUCCCAGAGAAGCUACGGAACGACGUACACAAUCAGACCAGGCAGCCGCUACCCUGUGACCCGCCGGACUCCGAGCCCAGGCAAAGUCCCCGCGGCCACGGACAGGACAGACCCUCUGGGCCCCACUCGGCCCUACGCCCACUCCACAUCCCCCACCACCCCUCCCACCAUCCUCAAGUCAUCGAGCCUCAGCAUCCCUCACGAGCCCAAGGAAGUGCGCUUCGUCAUGCGGAGCGCCAGCGCCCGGAGCCGCUCCCCCUCGCCAUCCCCCUCUCCCACCCUGGGCUCCCCUCUGCACCCCCUGCGACCCUUCAUCCAGAAGCCCCUUCACCUGUGGAACAAGUACGACGUGGGGGACUGGCUGGAGAGCAUCAACCUGGGGGAGCACCGCGAAAGGUUCCAGGACAACGAAAUCGAGGGCUCGCACCUGCCUGCCCUGACCAAGGACGACUUUGCUGAGCUGGGAGUUACUCGCGUAGGCCACCGGAUGAACAUCGAACGAGCUUUGAAACAGUUACUAGAGAGUUGACCUCCACAAGCCCUUCUAGUCUGUCGAAGCUUUUUUUUAAUUUUUCCCCCCCUUUUUUUAAAAACAGAUAUGAUAUUUAUACUCUACUCACUGCAUUGCACUGAAUGGAAGACAGAAGAAUAAACGCCUUCCUAUACAGCCUCCCCACUCCAUCUCCACUCACCCAUGCAAUCAGCCGGCCAGCCAGUCUGUCUGUGUGGAGUGACGUCCUUCUUUGCAAAAGUGAAUGUUGCAUGACCUCCACCAGAAUGUCCCGUUUUUGAUGAAUGCUUGGUGUGGCUCCCCAACCCCAACCCAAUCCUCUGCCGCCCCCCCCCCCCUCCUUCCCAGGACUCUCAUCGUUUCAGCCUUUUUUUUCUUUUCCAGCUUGAAAUGAACAGGAGAGUCUCGAUCUGAAAGGAAAAUUCAGUUGCCUUUCGAAGUAUUCACAAAUCGACAUUGACAAACAGAAAACUGACACACAAAAAAAGACUUUGUUUUCCUCCGUGAGGGAAUUUCAGCUGCCUCACACAUUUGGAAUUCUUUUUAAUUCAGCAUUUGGC